AUGUUGCAAACGUUAAAACGAUUGCCGGUUACGUCACUAAAGUUUCAUAGGUACAAACAUACACCAUAUCCUGCUAAUAAACAAGAGAGUAUUCUAGAUAAUAAAGUGGUAGUUAUAACUGGAGGCGCAGUCGGUAUCGGCUACGAAAUCGCAGACAGAUUCUUAGAGAAAGGUGCCAAAGCUGCAGUGUUACUAGACAUCAAUGCGACGCAAGGUAAAAAAGCCGCCGAAGAACUAAAUUGUAAACACGGAGACAAGAAAAGCGUCUUUAUGAAAUGUGACGUCACAAAAGACUUAGAAGCUGUCUCCAAAGAAAUUUUCGCGACUCACAAAAACGUACACGUGCUAGUGAACAAUGCUGGAAUCCUCAACGAGCCCAAUCCUACGAAAGUUGUUGAUAUCAAUCUAACGGCUUUAAUAAACUGGUCCUUUACAUUUUGGAAUCACAUGAGAAAAGACAAAGGUGGUACAGGGGGGACCAUCAUGAAUCUAUCGUCUAUCUACGGUUUUAGAAUAGACCCAUACAUACCGGUCUACCAGGCAACCAAAUUCGGUAUUAUGGGCUUUACAAGAUCUCUAGGACAUCCGUACCACUUUCAAAAGACUGGUGUGAGAGUUGUAUCUAUAAACCCCGGUUUUACGGAGACUGAGUUGACGGAGAACUUUAAAACUUUACCUGAAGUUCACAAGGAUUUUCUGGAGUUUGUCAAAACUCAGCCGUGGCAGAAAGUAAAAGUAGUUGGGAACGCCGUGGUAUGUGUAUUAGAGAGAGCUGAGAGUGGUACUGCUUGGCUUAUAGAAGGAUCCAAUCCUGUUGCUGAAAUUAAACAUUGCUUUGAUGUCGACCAUUGUAAAUAAACCAUAUUUCAUCCUAGAGCCACUGAAAUAUGAAACAAGCUAAAUACCUGCCCACUUACUGUAAACUUUAUGUCACAUUGUUGGAAGUAAAUAUUUGUCGUCGUUAUCCUUGAAAGUAUUCCAUUAAUAUCUGCUGAUUCAUCGUGUUUGUUCAUGAUAGGUCACAACCCGGUGAUAAUGACAUGGCAUGCUUAACUGUUAUAAAAAAA